UUUCUUUUUUUUUUUUUUUUUUUUUCCGAGACAGGGUUUCUCUGUGUAGCCCUGGCUGUCCUGGAACUCACUCUGUAGACCAGGCUGGCCUUGAUCUCAGAAAUCCACCUGCCUCUGUUUCCCAAAUGCUGGGAUUAAAGGCAUGCGCCACCACUGCCCGGCCAGAAAGUGUACUCUUAUCGCUGUGUUUAUGACACCCAUUUCAUGUGGACACCUUUGUUCCUUACACAUCUGCAUAUUGUUAAUAGUUGUUUGUACAUCCUUCUUCCUUCUACUGUGGCAUCUUUGAUGGCAGGAAUCUUGUGGCAUUUGUGAUUGAUUUUAUAUUUGCAGUUUGUGCUUCUAUCCUGCUUUUUUUGUGCUUACUAGCUAUUUGUUAAAUGAAGUAUGAAUGAAUGUUAUGUAGAGAGUGGUCAUUUUCUUUUAUAAAAUUCCAUUGGCAAAGUCAGAUAUAUAAAAAUCCAUUUUAUUAAAAAUGGAAUAAUUGAAGUUUCUUUUAGCUAUAAAGAAUUUUUCUUGACUAUUAUAGGCUAUUUUGGCUUCUUAAAGUUAAAAUGAUUGUACAUUUGUUUCUUUGAAUAUUUAUGCCCCUUUGUUUUGUUUUAUCUGAAAUGAAGUCUUUCUUUAUAUUGUAAUCUUCAUAUGUGCUCAUGCAUGCAUGUGUGUAUUUGUGUGCGUGUGCGUGUGUGCACACAUGCAGGCUACAGAUGUUUGUGUGCAUGGAGGUCAGAGACCAACUUCAAGUUGAUGUCAUUCUUUUUUUGUUGUUUUUAAUUUUUUUCCUUUGAUUUAAGUUUUAUUGCAUUAUGAUGAGAAAAAAAACCAUAAUUUCAAUUUAUCUGAAUUUGCUAACAUUUAAAAACAUAUUUUGAUUAAAUAGACUUAUAUCACAUUCUUACAUUCUUCCUUCCCUUUUAUACCCCAGCUCCUCCCUGUGAGUCCCCCCAAAAAACCUGUAAUACCUUUCAUUUUUUAUCAUAUUCUUUAAAAUUUGUAAAAUAUUAUAAUAAUAAAAAUGAGUAGUAUAAAAGUUGUUCGAUAUAAAACAACAAUCAAUUGAACAGUCUUAUGUAGAUGCUUGUCUACAGCAAUACUGAAAAUAUAUUUUCUCAAUAUAAAUUUUAAACAACUCUAAAUAUAUUAGCUGUAUGAUAUUUUAAAAUAAUAUAUCACUAUUAGUUUUUUUUAAAUGAUCACAAAUAGAUAAAGUCUUCUGUUUGUUUGCUUUGUUUAUAGUAGUGCUUAAAAUUUUGGCUCUUACUGUGGUACAGACACAAACUAAGAACAGUUUUUGGCCAUUGCUGUUCACUGUAAUAAGGCUGUACUUGAAUGUCCCUGACAUCGCUAAUGGAUUUUCUUUUAAUCCUUUUUUUUUUAAAGAUGUAUUUACUAUUUAUAUGUAAGUACACUGUAGCUGUUUUCAGACACACCAGAAGAGGACAUCAGAUCUCAUUACAGGUGGUUGUGAGCCACCAUGUGGUUGCUGGGAUUUGAACUUGGGACCUUCGGAAGAACAGUUAGUUCUCUUAACCACUGAGCCAUCACACCAGCCCCCACCAAAGGAUUUUACCUCCAUAGUAGAUAAGCUAAGAGUUGACAGUUCUGCUAUGCUAAGGAAUGAAUUGUAAGCAUGAUUUUUGGAUACAGAUUUCCUGUUAUGGUCAAAGCUAUUUGACUUGAGUGAUUGUCAUCAUUCUCAGCCCACAGGGAACAGGGUACAUUCAUUUAAGAAAUGGUGUGUGUAUUAAGAUGGUCUAUCCAUGAAGUCGUUCAUCAACUGUUUCAGUGAGCCAUGGUUCUGCUUGGAGGGUGGCACAGACGUUAGGUGAGGGUAAGAUCUGGUUUAUUGACUGUGAUGAUUUUGAAAAGCAUUCAUCUCAGAAUAAGAGUAAUGUAUAAAGCCCUCUUCUUCAAAAUUGAUACAAUAAUUAUAAGUGUCAAGCAAAGCCUUCAGUCUCACUCUUGGCUGUUCUCUUACAAGCCACCACUCAAAUUAAUUGUCUACAUUUCUUUUGGCUGUAUAAAUAAUUUGGAAAUAUGUAAGCUGCUCUGAAAACCACAGUAUAGUGUAAAAACAUCAAAUAAACAAUCCUACUAAUAGAGGCUGAGAUAGGAGAAGCAUGAUUUCAAGACCAUUAUGUGGCACACAGCAAGACACUGUCAUGUACAAACAAGCAGAAAGUGUAUAUGGAUUGAACAGUAUUUCUCCCAUUACCAAAUUAGAGAGACCAUGGGAUGACAGCUGACAAAUUUCUAUUCCUCAUAUUUUUGAAUUUAAUAGAUUAGGGUAUAUUGGUAAUAUUAAUUUUCAUAUUAAUAGAUAUUAAGGAAAAGUGAUUGUUACUUCCUGUUAAUUUUCUUGUUAGAGGUGGAAUUAUGUUUGUAUGGGUUUGUGGAAAGAUGACUUUCUUGUUUCUUCUAGGGUGUAGUUUCACUCCUUGUGUUGGUGUUUCCCAUCUAUUAUCCUCUGUAGUGCUGGAUUGGUGGAAAGAUAUUGUGUAAAUUUGGUUUUGUCAUGGAAUAUCUUGUUUUCUCUGUCUAUGGUGAUUGAGAGUUUUGCUGGGUAUAGUAGCCUGGGCUGGCAUUUGUGUUCUCUUAGGGUCUGUAUGACAUCUGCCCAGGAUCUUCUGGCUUUCACAGUUUCUGGUGAGAAGUCUGCUGUAAUUCUGAUAGGCCCGCCUUUAUAUGUUACUUGACCUUUUUCCCUUACUGCUUUUAAAAUUCUUCCUUUGUCUAGUGCAUUUGGUGUUUUGAUUAUUAUGUGACAGGAGUAAUUUCUUUUCUGGUUGAGUCUAUUUGGAGUUCUGUAGGCUUCUUGUAUGUUCAUGGGCAUCUCUUUCUUUAGGUUAGGGAAGUUUUCUUCUAUAAUUUUGUUGAGGAUAUUUACUGGCCCUCUAAGUUAGAAAUCUUCACUCUCUUCUAUAGCUAUUAUCUUUAGGUUUGGUCUUCUCAUUGUGUCCUGGAUUUCCUGGUGGAUAUUUUAGGUUAGGAGUUUUUUGCUUUUCGCAUUUUCUUUCACUGCUGUGUCAGUGUUUUUUAGGGUAUCUUCUGCACCUGAGAUUCUCUCUUCCAUCUCUUGUAUUCUGUUGGUGAUGCUUGCACUUAUGACUCCUGAUCUCUUUCCUAGGGUUUCUAGCUCCAGGGCUGUCUCCCUUUGUGAUUUCUUUAUUGUUUCUAGUUCCAGUUUUAGAUCCUGGAUGGUUUUGUUCCUUUCCUUCGCCUGUUUGAUUGUUUUCCUAUAACUCUUUAAGGGACUUUUGUGUUUCCUCUUUAAGGACUUCUAGCUCUUUACCUGUGUUCUCCUGUAUUUCUUUAAGGAAAUUAUUUAUGUCCUUCUUAAUGUUCUCUAUCAUCAUCAUGAGAAGUGAUUUUAGAUCUGAAUCUUGCUUUUUCUGGUGUGUUGGGGUAUCCAGGAUUUGCUAUGGUGGGAGAAAUGGGUUCUGAUGAUGCCAAGUAACCUUGGCUUUUGUUGCUUAUGUUCUUAUGCUUGCCUCCCUCCAUCUGGUUAUCUCUAGUGCUACCUGCCCUGCCUGUGUCUGACUGGAACCUGUCCUUCCUAUGAUCCUGGUUGUGUCAGAAAUCCUCAGAGUCAAGCUUUUUCUCUGAUCCUAUGAUUCUGGGAUCUUGGGAGUCAAGCUGCCUUUGGGACCUUGAGAUCCUGGUGAGAUCAAGAUCCUGGGAUCCUGGGAUCCUCUGAUUCUGGGUGUGUUAGCCUGGGAGUGGAGCUGCCUCUGGGUGUUGUGGGGCUGGCUGCAGAGUUUGUGCCCUAGGUCUGCUCAGGGCGCCGACCCAGACAGACCAGAAGGAACUUGUGCCACUGGUCUGGCGGAGUUCAUGCGUGCCUGGGGCCCACCAGUCCCACUUACUCCUGGUGUUGGGGACAGAUAUUGUGUCCUCCUCACCUCUUAUCCUGGGCAUAUUGGAGUGCCUGGGAGUAGAGCUGCCUCUGGGUAUUACGGGGCUAUCUGCAGAGUUUGUGUCCCCUCCGAAGUCAUUCUUUUUUUUCUUUUCUCUCUCUCUCCCUUCCUUCCUUCCUUCCUUCCUUCCUUCCUUCCUUCCUUCCUUCCUUCCUUCCUUCCUUCCUUCCUUCCUUUCUUUCUUUCUUUCUUUCUUUCUUUCUUUCUUUUUUCUUUUUUUUUUGGUUUUUUGAGACAGGGUUUGUCUGUAUUGCCCUGACUGUCCUGGAACUCACUCUGUAGACCAGGCUGGCCUCAAACUCAGAAAUCCACUUGUCUCUGCCUCCCAAGCGCUGGGAUUAAAGGUGUCCACCACCAUGCCCAGCUCCAAUGUCAUUCUUUAUGAACUGUCCACUUUGACUGUUUUGUUUGUCUGUCUGCUUUGUUUUUGCUUUGGCCUUUUUUAGAUAGGGUCUUACUAUUUAGUCUGGCCUAUCCUGGUACUCUUACUUUGUAGACCAGUCUAGCCUGACACUUUCUGUGUAGACCAAGCUGGCCUUGAACUCUGAUAUCUACCUAUCUCUGUUGCCUAAAUGCUGUGACUGAGGGCAGGGCAUGUACCACCAUGCUUGACAGUUUGUUUUUUGAGACAAGAUGUUUCCAGCUUACUAAGUAUGUUAGGCAGGCUGGCUGACUGGUCUAUCCCAGGGAAUCCUGCCUCUGUCUACCUCCCUAUUCUGGGAUUAUAGGUGCCAUACCUAGCUUUUGUUACAGAAUUCUAAGAACUCAAGUCUUCAUGUUUGUAAGAAUUUGUCUGUUUUCUUUAAUGCUGAUUUACUUUUUUAAAAAUAAUAAUUUUAUAUAUAUGAAUGUUUUGCCUGCAUGUAUGUCUGUGCCCCACCUGCAUAUAGUAUGCAGUGAAGCCAGAAGAGGGUAUCAGAUCCCCUGGAACUGGAGUUACAGAUGGUUGUGAGCUGUCACAUGGGGACUUGGAAUCAAGUCCAGGUCCUCUGAAAGAGCAGCUCACUCAUCUCCCUAGCUCAGUUUGACAUAGUAAUGUAGGCUUUUAGUUUCAGUAGGAGUUUUAUGCUCCUGAAGUAAUUUUUGUUUUUGUUUUAAAAUAAGGCAUUUUAGAAAUCACUUUAGAGAAAUGCAUUUUGUCAUGCUAUUUUUUUAUUUGUACCAAAUGGAUGACAUGGAAUCCUUGGGGGGGGGGGGUUUCUUUCUUUCUUUUUUUUUUUUUUUGUUGUUGUUGUUUGCUUUGCACUAUUCUUCUGUGUGUGCAUUUAAGAGUUGUUUCUCUCAACUCCUCUUCUGACUAAGAAGGUAGGGUUAAGAUAGUCUGAAGUAUAUUCCCAGGGUCUCAUAAGUGACAGAAGAGCACACCUGAAAUGCAGGCAUGGUCUGUCCAUAUUCCUUCCCACAGUGGUAUGCUGCUCCCAAGCCAUCCAUGGCAGCCAUUCGCCUGUCAUCUGAUCUUUCUUGAAUGUUUCCAUGGUGUUGUACCUAACUAAAAUGUUUCAUUCUCCAAGGAUUGCUUUCUUUGGGGUAAAGACUAGUUUCCAGGUGCCAUAACUUCAAAAAAAAAAAAAAAUGAGACAGUGUCUUACUCUGGCUGGCUGGCUGGCCUGCUCUAUUGACCAGAUUGGCCUUCUGCCUCUGCCUCCUAAUGCUGGGUUUAAAGUGCACACCAUUGUGCAUCCAUCAGCCAUGUGGGACAUGGGUCCACUCAUAUGGGCUCACUUUGCCUUCAUAUCUUCAAGAGCUCUGUCUCCAAAUAGUCACAUUCUGAGGUGCUGAAUUUAAACCGUAAACAGAAGCACUUUAGAGGCGUGGGGUAGAGUGUACAGUUCAGCUCAUAGAAUAAGCAUAGUAUUCUUGAUCUUGUUUUUAACAUGUGUGCCUCUUUGUCGUAUUUGGUUUGGAUCCUGCCCCUUCCCCUUAACAUUAGGAGCCCAGGACAGGCUCCUUCUAGCUUAGUUUGCACUGUUUGAAGGGCUGAGAUGGAACUAUGCGGCAUGCUUGCCCGGCAUCUGUGAUGCCUGCUUUCACUCCUCAGUACCACCAAGCCCAAGACAAGCAGAAACUGACACCAGAACAACAAAUAAGCAGUUCCAUCUCCCAACCUAUAUAGCCAGCUGAAUGCUCUACAGUUUACUGUAGAUGAAAGGAGCAUUCUGUGGUUAAACCAGUUUCUGCUGGAUUUAAAACAAAGUCUUAAUCAGUUCAUGGCUGUGUACAAGUUGAAUGACAGCUCAAAAUCCGAUGAGCAUGUUGACAUCCGAGUUGACGGCUUAAUGCUAAAGUUUGUCAUUCCUUCUGAAGUGAAGGCAGGUUGCCAUCAAGAUCAGCCUCACACGGUGUCUAUUCAGAGCUCUGAAAUGAUAGCCACCAACACGAGGCACUGUCCGAACUGCCGCCAUUCUGAUCUAGAAGCUUUGUGUCAAGACUUUAAAGAGUGUGACUUUUUUAGCAAAACUUAUACUAGAUUCCCCAAAUCCUGUGACAGUUUUAAUCUUCUACAUCCCAUCUUCCAGAGACAUGCCCACGAACAAGAUACCAAAAUGCAUGAGGUUUAUAAAGGGAAUAUUAUCCCUAAAUUGAAUAAAAACACUCUUAAAACAUCUGCUGCCACCGAUGUGUGGGCGGUGUACUUUUCCCAGUUUUGGAUAGACUAUGAAGGGAUGAAAAGCGGGAAGGGGCGGCCAGUAAGCUUUGUAGAUGCUUUCCCUCUGUCUAUCUGGAUUUGCCAGCCAACAAGAUACGCAGAGCUACAGAAAGAGUUCCAGACUUGUGAUCAAGUGACCCUUAAUACCUCACAAAGUGAGUCCAGUGAUCUGGCUGGCCGAAUGAAGAGGAAGAAACUCUUGAAGGAGUAUUACAGUACAGAGUCUGAGCCUCUGACAAAUGGCGGCCAAAGACCUUCAUCAGACACAUUUUUAAGGUUUUCCUCUUCCUCUUCAGAUGCGGAUGUUCAUGUCUUGGUCCGUGUUCAUAAACAUGUCAGUAUGCAGAUCAAUCACUACCAAUAUCUGCUGCUGCUUUUCAUACACGAGUCUCUCGUUCUGCUUUCGGAUACCUUGCGGAGGGAUGUGGAAGCUGUGAUUGGAAGCCCCGCUUCCCAGACUUCUGUUUGCGUUGGAAUUUUACUUCGCAGUGCGGAGCUUGCCCUGCUGCUUCAUCCAGUGAAUCCCACAAGUGCUCUGCGCUCUCCUGCUUCUGAAAGUGGGAGCCCAUUGCUUCCUGACUUCCUGCCAGCAGAAAAUGGGGGGUUUUUGUCUUCAAAGAGAAAACAAGGUGGUAGUGGUAUACACCGAAUUAGAAAUGCUACUCUCAAUCACAUGUCAGACAACAGGUCAAUGAGUGUUGACCUCAGCCACGCCCCUUUAAAGGAUCCGUUGCUUUUCAAAUCAGCCAGUGACACAAACCUGCAAAAAGGCACUUCUUUUCUAGACUACUUAUCAGAUAAACAUUUAGGGAAAAUAAGUGAAGAUGAAAGUAGUGGACUUUCUCACAAGAGUGGCUCAGGAGAAAUGACCUCAGAAGGGAGUCACACAAAGGAUGUGGCUUCCACAGACUCAGAUAGUGUCUUAAACUACAGAGAUGGCUCAACUAGGCUUUCCCUGGAUGAUGACGGCAACCAUAACCCACCUUCAAACCCUGUAACUGGUAAGGGAAUUGACGCCAUACACUCCAUCUUCAGAGCUGAAGACUUCCUUCCUGAAGCAGCUUCCCUCUCUGAGAACCCGGAGAGCAGUAAAGAGGAGGCGCCCCCAGCCAGAGCACCUAAAUCCCAGACGUCCUUAAGUGCUAAAUCUAAGGAACGUUGCCCACCCUCCCCAGCUCCACUCUCUGUUUCCUACAAGAACAUGAAAAGGAGCGCCUCACAGGUCUCCCUGGAUACCCUUUCCCUGGACAGCAUGGUAUUGGAAGAGCAGGCGGAGAGCGAUGGAAGCGACAGCCACGUGUUGCUGGGGAAGGCAAUGAAAAGGAACUCAAAUACAAGCUGCCAGAGCCCAGCAGAGAGUGUGAACACAAGUGCAAAUACGCAGACUUGUGGGGAAGCCUCUCCAGAGGCUGUCAGCACCAACUCAGAGGGCACGCAGGAGAACCGCGACGAUCUGAUGUCAGUCGUGGUGUUUAGAAUCACUGGUGUUAAUGGAGAAAUUGACAUCCGAGGGGAAGACACAGAAGUCUGUCUGCAGGUGAACCAGGUGACGCCAAGUCAGUUAGGCAACGUCAGUCUGCGGCAUUACCUUGGUUCUGACCAGAAAGCUAUAAUUCAUCCUAAAUCCUCGCCUGAGAUUUCUCUGAGGUUUGAAAGUGGGCCAGGUGCUGUCGUGCACUCUCUGCUUGCAGAAAAAAAUGGAUUUCUCCAAUGCCACAUUGAGAACUUUACUACUGAGUUCCUUACCUCUUCCCUUCUGAAUAUUCAACACUUUCUGGAGGAUGAAACUGUUGCAACAGUAAUGCCAAUGAAAAUACAAGUUUCUAACACAAAGAUAAACUUGAAAGAUGACAGUCCCCGGGGCAGCACGGUGUCCCUGCAGCCGAGCCCUGUGACUGUGCAUAUUGACCGUCUCGUGGUGGAGAGGAGUGAUGAUGGCUCUUUCCACAUCAGAGAUUCUCACCUGUUUAACACUGGGACUGAUUUCAAAGACGGUGCCAGCAGUGAUUCAGUAGUGCGGACCCGGGGGAUGUGUGACGUGAGGAUGCACAGCAGUGUCACCCAAGCCACCCAGACGAGCCCAGAGGUUCCUUUGCCUUCACAGUCAGCCAACUUUCUCGACAUUACAAGGGAACAGCUCAUGGAGGAAAACGAAUGUCUCAGGCAGAGACUAGCUCAAGCUAAAAUGGAGCUCGCGGAGGCUCACUCGGCCAGAGAUGAGCUUCUCCAUCAAAUGAAGAGGAUGGGCCUGUAGCUGCCGUGGCCGUGAGAACCGGGGCUAGAGCGCUGGAGAAGGACGGCUAGGUUUAACAGAAGGAUGUAACCAGUUAGUGGGAAGUUUUCCUUUACAUGAAAUAAAGCGAGUGGUGAAGUGGCGGCUGUUCCAAACCCUGUGGAGGAAACCUUGGGCGCAAGCGGUACAGUCAUCUGGGUGGCCCCGUGAAGGCUGCGCACACUGUAACACAGUUACAUGCCUAAUGAGAAAUGUCAGUUCCUAACUUCAGUGUCUCAUCAAAAGCAUUUUUUACAAGAAAAACGAAGACCUGUUGUGCUCAUGCAGAUUGCUGAAUUUAUUUCUCUGUUAAUAAUUUACUAUUAUUUACAAAAAAAAAAAAAAAAAGAUACUUUUAGGGCUAAUGUAAAAGAAAAGUAGGCUUACAUUUUAGAUGUUAUUAAAAUUAUGUACUUAAUCUAUAAUUAUUUAAUUGUUGUAAAAAGUCCAAUCAGAUUAAUAAAUUAUAUAAUUACUGAGUUUACAAAUGGAAAACUCUUGACCCUACCGAACUUGUGAAGCAACUUGAAAAUGUGAAAGGAAAGUCACCUUAAGUGAUGGGGAGGCUUCAGUGAGGCACUCGUGUAAAAUCAAAGCACAAAUACAGGGCACUGGGCAAGUGACUUAAAGCAUUCCUGUACAUUCCAUUAAAUGUGUGUCAUUAGAAGUAAAAAGGCAAGUUAUCUUGCGAUAUUUGGCGGUAUUUGUAACUAUAAAAAUUUUAAUUAAUACUAUUUUAAUAAUUCUUUAUCUUUCCUCUUUAAGGAGAAUGUUUUCAGAGAAUUUGUUUUUCACACAUGCAGAACAAUUUCAUACCAUUCCUGUAGCAUCAUAUUACACAUGUGUUUGCUCAUAUGAAUAUAUAAAGCCAGUUUUGAUUAGAUUUCUGUGAUGUAUGUCUGUGUGUGUAUAUAUGUGUGUGUGCACACACAUACACACACAGUCUUAUAUAUGAGUCAUUGGUAAAUUUUGAAAUCUAUUUUCUAUGGGAUAAGGUUGAAAACACCAUGAGAGAAUCUUAAUUAUGAAAUAAAGUACAUGAGUAUUUUAAGAAACAGGUUUUUGAAGACAGUAUAUUUCUGAUAGAAUUAAAGUAAGUGGUGUCUAUUUUAAACUUCACAUUCCUCAAUAGAACUAUAUCCAGAUAGGCCAUGAGACAGCUGGACUGUUCUUUCUUUAAGGUACUUGGGAACCCUGGCCCUUGCUAUGACACUCAUGGUGCUUUGCAUGUUGGCCGGAAUUACAGCCAUCCCUGUAUCUGAGGACUUGGCAGAAAUCACAUCCUUCAUUACAUCACACGUUGGAGUGAUUUAAAUUUUAUUGUGAACAGUAUUUGCCUUCCUUCUCCUCACAUCAUUCUUUUCGGGUGACAUCAUUUGAUAAAAACAGGCACUGUUUGGGAGCCAACAUACAGCCAAGAACAAAUUAAAUCGUUACUAUAUUACCUCAGAGUAUUUACAACACCAUGUGAAAACUUUGUUACUCUAAGCUGUAUGUAGCCUUAGAUGAAGUAUGGAGGUCUAAUUAGAGUUUCAGAAUGCACACCUUGCUAACCUUUGAUGUCUGGUAUGGAUUCAGCAAGAGCAGUCUCACAGAGGAGGACGGAUGGGACAUGAACUUCUGAGCUGACGCUGUUUCUCAGGACUGACCUGUUCUACAUAAACAUACAAGUUUUCUAUGGAACAAUGUUAAACUGUUUAAUGUUACUAGACACUGAAUGUUUUCUUUAUUCCUUUAAGAUGUAUUUGGCCUUCCCAUGAAAUCGUAUAAACAACAGAGAUGAUAAUAUGCUGAGCAUUCAAUAUACUUUGUCCGAUUGGUU